AUGGCCUCUCACGGCGAUGGCGAGCACAUGGUGCUCGACUUCGACCAUCCACUAAACUUCAGGAAGCAUAUCAUGGGAAACAUCUCGCCCUCGGAAAAGACUGCGCGCUCGUCCUUCUCCUCCGUUCGCGAGAACGACGAUGGUCUGGCUCAGACCUUCACUCGUUCCAAAGUAUCAUCCUAUAUCCACGGCGCUGAUGCCGCCGUCUUUGAGGAGUCUCCCUCGCAGGAGAUUCCACAGCCCACCUUCCAGCCGCCCCUCACGCAGCCACACAGCCGCCUCCAUGGAUUCUGGUUCCCAGCCGAGAACUUUAGGGGAUGGAGGGAGAUCCCUCUCAAGGGCAAGAUGGCGAGCCGCAGCUCUGAGGAUCUGCGCAAGCUACACAUGACGUGGAGCCCCCCCGAGACACCGGCUGUCGAGAAGAAGAUGCCGACGAGCUACGUGACGGGACAGUCGCCUCUGGAGACGCUUCCCAGCGAGGUUCUUGGUGAUAUCAUCGAUCUUUUGGUUGUCGAACUCCCUACGAAUGGGUUGACCACCCGCAACGCGGAUCUCAUGGCCUUGCUGCUGGCGUCGAGGUCCCUGCAUGCCGCAACUCUUAAUACUUUGUAUCGUCAUAUCACGAUCCCCCACUCCAGGAUUUUCCGCAAAUUCCUGUCUACUAUUACCGAAUACCCAGCCCUGGCGUCGAUCGUCCGACGCCUUGACUUUAGCCACUUUAACCCCUCCACCAUUUUCUCUACCGCAAGCGAGCGAGCGCAGACGCGAAACUUGACUAGCGAGACCCUGGCUCAGUGCUUGGAGCUUACCCCAUACCUGCAUGAGUUCUUGGCCCAGGAGUACAUUGAUGAUGACAUAGGUCCCGAGGUCCUUCGAAAGUUGUUCCUCGAUAUGCCUCGUCUGCAGGCGAUCGACUUUUGCGCAUGCUCCUCGGUGAGCUUCCGCAACUCUUUCCGAUCCGUCCUGGACCUCGAGUUGCCAGAAACUCUAAAUUUGACACGUAUUUCUUUCCACAAGUGCAUUAGCCUCCCCUCUUCGAUUUACGAGAAGCUAUUUCCCCACUUGGGCAAGGUCACACAUCUCGACCUUGCGGGAACUCGGGUUAAUGACAAGGCGCUGCUGUCUAUUCCCCAGACUGCACGGAUCACUCAUCUCAACUUGGCCAAGUGCCGAGAGGUCACAUCUGAGAUUGUGAUCAAGUUUGUCACUUCCCACCCUGCUACUGCGAACAGUCUUGCUUUCCUUAGUCUCUCGACGGACGCAAGCAGCCAUCUCCUUCUUGGAAAAGAGGAUGUGGACGCGCUGUUACCAAACCUCCCGCAGACCCUGCGAUCAUUGAGUUUGAAGGGCAGUAGAAUGGAUCCAUCGCACUUACCGAUGCUGAAGGUUCUCGCCGAAAGGCUGGAGGAGCUUGCUGUGGGCGGAGGUCUUGAUUUGAGCGACAUUCGCCGUCUCUUCUACAAGGAUAGAGAGUGGCAGUCUCACAACCUCCGAUAUAUCGAUCUCUCUGACAUUGAAGCGAAGGUUGGCAGUGGAGACGAGCUUCUUUCUCCCAACACUGCACCUUUGCACGUCAUUGAGCUUCAGGAGCGUACCUAUGAAUGGGCCGCGAAGAUGAGGAAGAACUUGGAGAGAGUUGGUUGGACUGCCAAGGAGUUUGGUGCCCGCUACUGGCUGGUACGACUUAAUGCGGAUGGUACGACUGUGGACAACGGUGCCCGGUGGUGGAAGCUGGGUGCCGAAAGCUGGGGAAUGCGCAAGGUUCCAGUUGCUGUUGCCGAGGUUGGUGGCAUGUAUGGAUCUUUCAUGUUUGGACGACGUCUUUGA